CGAACAGCAUGUCGAGUGAUCGACUCAGGCACAACGUGUCCGAGCCUCUCUCACCUUCAUCUCAUCUUCGUCAUUAGCAACGAGGGCAGCGAUCCUCAUCAUUGGCGAGCGCUCAUCAAGCUCUCAGCUUUGGCAAUUGCACUGCCUCAUCUGCGUUCGCUUGCGGGGCGCGCGUCACAUCGAGUCACGCGUCAAGCCCUUUGCGACAAGCUCCGCUGAUUCCCUUCUCAUCCCAUCGGUUCCUUGUACCACACUCGCACGUCUUGCGCCACGACAGCGGUGCAUGGACUCCGAGAGCGCUGCAGCUUCACCAUACUUCUGAUGAGCGUAACGAGCCGAACGAUGAGCACGCCACGAGGAGGAGCUGGUGGAAAUGGCGCGCAUCCCGGCAAGAAUGUCAGCGGUGGACAACACACGCACGGAGGACGCAAAGGGCAGAACAUUGACCAUCUUCUCGGCUUCACCAUGCCUCCUCGAGCACGCCCGCCUCCGCCAGUCGCUGCGAAGAAGAGACGUGGCGGCCACUUUACGCCCUUCAACAAGGAACGCUACGUGAAUGCGCAGUAUCGUUUCCUGCUCAAGCCCACCGGCGAUUACACCGCAUUUUACGCGGACCCAGACGUGUUCCUUCACUGGCCGGACAUUCUCAGCGUGUUGAUCCCGACUUCCUCUGCGCUUUCCAACUCCGCGGCCCCUUCUUCUGCAACGAAUGCACACGCCCCUCACCUCGAGACACACGAGGGCGCAUCGUGCCCAAUAUGCCUCUCGCCGCCGACCGCACCACGUAUGACCAAGUGUGGUCAUGUAUUUUGCUACCCCUGCAUACUCCACUACCUCUCCACACCGGAUGGGGAGGGGACAGCCACAGCAUCUACGUCUUACUCUUCGUCGCCUUCUAGACCGGGCGCGGCGCCAUACAGACCGCCUGGGUCUGCCCCAGCAUCUCGUGCUGCCUCGUACAGCACCCAAGCAAGUACGCAGAGCACCAGAUCCCCUCCCAAAUGGAAGAGAUGCCCCAUCUGCUGGGAUGCCGUGUAUGCAAAAGAUGUCAAGGCCGUGGAAUUUUGGGACACACGAGCUGAAGCAUUGGAAGCGGACGAAACGACAAACUGUGCCCCAGGUCCCUCGGACGGCUUACUGAUGCGAUUGAUCGAAAGGCCGCAUCUGACAACGCUAGCUCUGCCCAUCUCAGCGACUUGGCCAGGAUCCAGCGAGCCUCUAAUAGCGCAGCGAGCUGCCCCUUGGCACUUCUUGCCUGACGUCAGGCGAUUCUCAAAGCUGAUGAUCUCGACGCCCGAGCACGUAGAAGGGCAUCUGCGGCGAGACGCUUCCGAGCUCGCAGCCGAACAUCGGUUGUUGGAAUCGCUGGGAGGAAGCAGCGAACCUUCGUUGCAGUUCGUCGAUCUGGCGCUUGCAAAAGUCCACGAGCAAAUGGAUCGGGCACGUCGAGAGCUCGACCUUCCGCAUGUCCGCAAAGCGAUCGAAAAAGCGCUUGCCGACUUGGCCGACGUGCAGGAAACGGAAAGUGCACGAAUACUAGGCGAAGCCUCCAGAUGGCAGGACCGUCAACGAAGCCGUGUCAAGCCGCAGGCUGUCGUUGACGACGUCGAGACUCCACCGCAGGCACCAGACGCGCAGCCCAAGGGUGGCGAAGGUGCAGCGGAGCCAAGUGAAGGAGCAGCAGAGUGGCUGGCUCUUCAGUCUCACGUGCCAGCCGGUGGUGCGACGACAGUCCAAGGACUCAAGGUGGAUAGCUCCGAAACCACCACCUCGCCAACAUCUACCAAAUCAGCUGCCCCGCGAUCCAGGCGUAAUAUUAACCCACCUGCCCCAUCUUCGUCUUCCUACCUCUUCUACCAGGCCGCCACAGGCCAGCACAUCUACUUGCAACCCUUGGACGUCAAGGUACUGUUGGCCGAGUACGGUAGCUAUGCAGCCUUUCCACGACAGCUGAAGCUCAAAAUUGAGGGCGCUGAUGAGGGAAGCAUGAACGACGAGCUCCGCAGGAGGUGCAAAUACCUGAGCCAUCUUCCCAUGGGCACCGAUGUCGUGUUCUCCGAGGUUGACUGGGACUUUAUGGCCAGUCAAAGCAUGCAGCAGCAGGCCUCUUGGGAGGGCAAUGUCGCUGGCGCAGGGGCAGCUUCAUCACGGUCUGCCCACCAGCCGGUCGUUAGUCGGUCAACUCUGAAGCCCUUUGAACAAGGCAUGAAAAUUCGGAGAAAUAGGAGAAGAGAUCGCGAACGCAAGGAUGACAGAGCUCGUACUAGAGCGGAAGAAGCAGAGGCAGCUUCUCGACCUGGCGGAGCGAACUUUGCAGCCAGACGGCAAGCAGCCAUAGAUAGCAUUGCCCAUGAUCCCGAGCUUGCGGCGGCUGCGGCAGCUGGAUUCGUGGGCGGGAGCAGCUAUGGAAGCAGCCCGGGGGUAGGCGGUCUGGCCAGCAGUAGCUCAGCCGCUGAGGACACCGACGCCUCGCCAUCGUUCAGAGAAUCAGCUCUGUGGGGUGCAGAUCGCGACUUUCCUAUGCAUCCCGGUGAGCCCGAAGAGGACUUCCCGGUGGCUCCCAGUACUCGGUCGCGUGCUGCGGCUGGACCACUCGAGCGAUCUGCAUCAAACACUGCAGGCCCAAAGACAGUUUGGGGCACUCGGGCCGCCCAAAGCCCGUUCGCAGCAGCGCUGCACGCCUCUUCGAGACUACCACAGGAAGGUCACGAUUACGACGACAGCGGAAUCGAUUGGGAUUGGCUAGAUUUGGAGGAAGAUUACAUUGUAGGAGGCAGAAACGCUCCUCAAAUGCGUGGCAGCAGAGGUCUGAACAAGCAGCCGAAGGGAGGCAACGCGUCCCCGGCCACACCAAGGAACGGAUCCUCUGGUGCCCGAACGCCCGCUGCGGAGACACCUGGGCGGCCUUUCGUCCAGGCCGACAACAACGCUGAGCGCAUGCCGACCUCUGUCGGCCGGCAAGGCCAGCCCUUGGACUCCCCUCAAGGUCAAGAAUCAGAAAUUGUUCCAACGCCCUCGAGCAGAAGAGCGAAGCCCAAGAAGAAGAAGCUGGUCCUGACUGCUGGCGGUCGAGGCGCAGCUUAGCCGAGCCGCACCUCGACGUCCAAAUAAGACUCUAACCGUCUCCUCCUCCUUCUCCGCGACCCAUGAUACUUGCCUUUCUAUAUGCAUGCUCGUACAUCGUUUUUGCGUCUGUAACAUAGAUGACUGCCAUUCGUUUCAGGCUUUGCCCAGUUGAAGUCCC